AUGAGUGACAAUGACCUAAAAACUCACCCGUUGGUCAUUCUGGUGUCUGAUAAUGGAGAACCUUCCCUGUCUGCGACUGUGUCUAUUGAUGUUGUGGUCGUUGAAAGUACAGGUGAAAUGAAGACAACUUUCAGACAACUGCCUGUAAAGGAGGAGAGUUUCUCAGAUUUAAAUCUGUAUCUGUUCGUCGCUAUUGUGUCAGUAUCAGUGAUAUUUCUACUGAGCCUCAUCGGUUUAAUAGUUGUAAAAUGCCACCGGACAGACGGCAGUUUCAGCAGGUACUGCGCCCCAAUGAUCACCACACACCCUGACGGGAGCUGGUCUUACUCCAAAUCUACUCAGCAGUAUGACGUGUGUUUCAGCUCUGACACGCUGAAGAGUGACGUGGUAGUUUUCCCCACGCAGUUUCCACCUGCUGAUGGUGAGCUGAUCAGUAUUAAUGGAGGAGACACUUUUCAAAGGACACAAACGCUUCCUAACUCUGAGAAGGUAAGAUGUGAAUUAUUAGUUUUUUUUAAACCAAAGAUUAGAAAAUGUUUGAAAAGGAUUAGUACAGAGGUCAUGAAACCGGCAGAGGUUCGAGCCUGGUGAUUUCAGUACAACUUUUGCGGACAGCGACGCCGUGACAGAAACUGACCCCUCAGGUUGGCGAGCUGUAGACAUUUUCAUCCUUCUAAUUGCUUCAUAAUUUAGUGGUUUUGAGCUUUUAAAUGUAGUAUUGUUGUAUGCUUGCUUAGCAACUUUGUCUAUUUUUAUUAGUUUCGUUUACCAUGUACAAUUUAUAUUAUUAUUAGUCCUACUCGAUCCUGCAUUAUGUUCAACUACCAAAACGUUUUCUUAUAACUGUUGUUAGCCUACUGUUGAUAAACCUUUGUCAAGUUAUUUCGUUUUUCUGUCAUAGUGUUAUUGAUCAUUGCAGCCUAUCCAGGCAUUUACAUUCUAUUUCGUAGGCUAAUGUACAGCUUUGAAAGAUUACUUUGAUUUUAAGCUUUUGUAGAUGUCUCCUGGUAAGCCUAUUAAUAGGCUAAUCAAACUGAUAUCACAUUUGAAACGUUGUAAGACGCAAUGAUUGUUAUAGUUUCUCAUAAGACCAAUAUCAUAUUCAUUAGUAAGCAGAAUGUGUCGCUGUAGACCGUGGAAAAUAAACGUAAUUAUUUUCUUCUGCAAUUCCUCCUUUGGUGUCUGGCAACCAUUGCGGGUAUAGGCUUUGUAAGAAUGGCGUGAACUCGUAUUUGUAAAAGAGCGUUUUACCUAAAAUAGGGGAGUUGAUCGCUUUGACUUACCUAGUUAUUUAUGGUUUUCUCGUUAAUGAACACUGCAAGUUGCACAUGAACCGUGGAUAACAAUGGGCCUCUUCGUCCAUGGCUUUAUCUGGAUUCGGAUUCUGCUACUUCUUUGGUUCUGGGAUUUAUCUUCCGGUCAGAUUGUCUGUUCUGUCUCAGAGGAUGUGAACAAGGGAACCGUCAUUGGGAAUAUAGCCAAGGAUCUCAAUCUCAAUGUUCAUGAUCUGGAAUUAUGUAUGUUUCAGAUUGUAGCCGGAUCCAACAAGAAGUAUUUUGAGGUAAAUUUAAAGACUGGUGUUCUGUUUGUUAAUGACAGAGUCGACCGCGAGGAGUUGUGCCUCAAUUCUCAGACAUGCUCCAUGUAUAUAGAAGCCAUUGUGCACAACCCUGUGAGACUUUACCGUGUUGAAAUAAUAAUUUUAGACAUCAAUGACAAUUCUCCAUCAUUUCCUUUUAAAGAACAUAUUUUGAAUAUAACUGAGUUCUCGUCUACAGGAGAGAGAUUCUCCCUUCCUAUGGCCAGUGACCCUGAUGUUGACAGCAAUACAGUAAAAACCUACAAGCUGAAUCCAAAUGAGCACUUCUCCCUGGAUGUACAAAGCGGUGGAGAGCAAAGUGUGUCUGCUGAGUUAGUGUUACAGAAAACUUUAGACAGAGAGAAACAGGCUGUGAUAAAACUGACUCUGACUGCUGUAGAUAGAGGGAAUCCUCCCAGAUCCGGGACUCUGCAGAUAGUAAUGAAUGUUAUGGACGCUAAUGAUAACACCCCAGUGUUUAGUAAACUCGUCUACAAGGUGAAGGUUAAAGAGAAUGUAUCGUUUGGAACUAAAUUAAUCACUCUGUCCGCAACGGAUUUAGACGAGGGUUUGAAUAGUGAAGUGUUAUAUUCUAUCAUCAGACACGGAAAUAGCAAAGUUACAGAUUUAUUCUCAAUUGAUGCCGAUACUGGGGCUUUAAGUGUGAAAGGUCCUCUUCAUUAUGAGGAAACCAGUGUUGUUGAGUUGCGUAUCCAAGCAAAAGAUAAAGGCCAGCCUCCAAAAAGUACGCAAUGUAAAGUUUUAGUGGAAAUUAUUGAUGUGAAUGACAAUGUUCCAGAGAUAUCAGUGACUCCACUGAUGGACACAGUUAAAGAGAACAGUAAACGCGGUGCUGCUAUUGCUUUGAUUACUGUCACUGAUAAAGAUGGAAGUAAAAACGGAGUGGUGCAUUGUCACAUCUCAGAAUCAGUCCCUUUUAAAUUAGAAUCCUCCUACAAAAACUAUUACUCCUUAGUAGUGGAUGGAGCUCUAGAUAGAGAGAGCGCUUCUCAGUACAAUAUCACAAUCACUGCUACGGAUGAAGGGACCCUACGUCUCUCCAGCACAAGUGUUAUUACUGUACACAUUUCUGAUGUGAAUGACAACCCGCCCCGUGCUCAUCGCCAUUGUGUCAGUAUCAGUGAUAUUUCUAAUGAGCCUCAUCAGUUUAAUAGUUGUACAAUGCCACAGGACAGACGGCAGUUUCAGCAGGUACAACGCCCCAAUGAUCACUGCACACCCUGACGGGAGCUGGUCUUACUCCAAAUCUACUCAGCAGUAUGACGUGUGCUUUAGCUCUGACACACUGAAGAGUGACAUAGUAGUUUUCCACACGCCAUUUCCACCUGUUGAUGGUGAGCUGAUCAGUAUUAAUGGAGGAGACACUUAUCAAAGGACACGAACACUCCCUAACACAGAAAAGGUAAGAAAAUAUAUAUUUAGUUUUUUCCAAAGUUUACAAAAUGUUUGAAAGUGUUAGAGCAGUGCUUGUGAACCCGACCGAGGUUCGAGCCCUGGUGGUUUCAGCACCACGCCGGUGGACAGCGACCCCGCGCGAGAAACUGUCCCCUUCAGCAGAUUGGUGAGUUAGUUGUCCUUUCCCUAAUUUCCUAAUCUUUGAGGAGGUUUGAGCUUUCAAUUAUAGUCUUGUUGUGUUGUUGCUCAGAAAUGUUGCAUCUUUAGAGUAGUGUCGUUUACCAUGACACAUGUAUAUUAUUAUUACUGAACCCUGCAUAAUUUCAACAACCAAAAAGUUUCUUACAAUAUUAUUGUUGCCUACUGUUGAUGAACAGCUGUCAAGCUAUUUGGUUAUAUUUGUCUGUCAAAGUGCUAUUGAUUAUAGCAAACUAUCCAGACAUUCACAUUUUAUUUGGUAAUUUACUGCUCCUGAAGAUAACGUUGAUUUCAGUAGUUUCUAGCUGUCAAUCAAAACUGAUAUCACAUUUGAACGGUAUAAUGAAAGACAUGAUGCACUCUGAUUGUUGUACUUUCUCAUAUGACCAACAUAAUAUCCAUCAGUAAGCACAAGGUGUCGCUGUAGACCGUGGGGGAAUUUUUAAUUUUUUUAUUUUUUUUCAACUCCUCCUACGGUGUCUGGCAUUCAUUGCAGGAAGGGCUUUGUCAUAAUAGCAUGCACUUGUAUUCGUGAAGGAGUGUUUUGCAUGCGGUAGAGGAGUUGAUCGCGUUAACUUAUACAUGCUUUUUUGAUGAUUUCCCUAUUAAUAAUUAUUGCAAAUUGCACAUGAACCGUGGAUAACAAUGGGCCUCUCUGUCCAUGGAUGUAUUUUGAUUCGGAUUCUGCUUCUUCUUUGUUUCUGGGAUUUAUCUUACGGUCAAGUGGUCUAUUCUGUCUCAGAGGAGGUGAACAAGGGAACCGUUGUUGGGAAUAUAGCCAAGGACCUCAAUCUUAAUGUUCAGGAACUGGAGUUUCGUAUGUUUCAGAUUGUAUCCGGAACUAACAAGAAGUAUUUCGAUGUGAAUUUAAAGACCGGUGCUCUGUUUGUGAAGGAAAUAAUCGACCGAGAGGAACUCUGUAUGACCAGUCAAAAAUGCUCUCUAAACUUGGAGGCCAUUGCACAGAACCCUCUCAACAUGUAUCGUUUAGAUAUACAAGUAUUAGAUAUCAAUGAUAACGCACCUUCAUUUCAUAUUAGUGAUCAUACAUUGAAUAUAACAGAAUCUACCUCUCCAGGUGAAAGAUAUCCCCUACCAAGGGCUAAUGAUGCGGAUAUAGGCAGUAAUUCAGUGAAAACCUACAAGCUGAGCCCAAAUGAACACUUCUCUCUGGAUGUACAGAGCGAUGGAGAGCAGAGUGUGUCUGCGGAGUUAGUGUUACGUAAAGCUUUAGACCGAGAGAAACAGGCUGUGAUCCGGCUCCUAUUGACUGCAGUUGAUGGAGGGAAACCUGCAAAAUCUGGGACUCUUCAAAUAAUAGUGAAUGUGAUAGAUGUGAACGAUAAUAGUCCAGUCUUCAGCAAACAAUUGUACAAAGUACGUGUGUCGGAGAAUCUACCUAUUGGCACACUUAUAAUAAAACUGAACGCAACCGAUGUGGACUCAGGACUAAAUGGGGAAAUAGUUUUUUCUUUGAUUCAUCACGGCGAUCAGAAAGCAUUGGAUGUUUUUCAAAUAAACCCAGCUACUGGUGAAAUUACAAUGAAGGAAGUGAUUGAUCACGAAGAGAAUGCUGCGUUUGAGCUGCACGUACAGGCCAAAGACAGGAGUUAUAGUCCUCCCACAACGCACUGUAAAGUCUUAGUUGAAGUGAUAGAUGUCAAUGACAAUGUUCCAGAGAUAUCAGUAACUUCAAUGAUGAAUGCAGUCAGAGAGGAUGCAAGAUCAGGUACAGCAGUUGGUUUAAUAACAGUAUCUGAUAAAGAUGGGGGUGUAAAUGGAAAAGUACACUGUCAAAUAAUAGGAUCUGUUCCAUUCAAAUUGCAAUCCUCCUAUAAUAACUAUUACUCAUUAGUAGUAGAUGGAUCUCUAGAUAGAGAGAGUGGUUCCCAGUACAAUGUGACCGUUAUAGCUACAGAUGAAGGCAUCCCACCUCUCUCCAGUACCACUGUCAUUACUGUUUAUGUCGCUGACGUGAAUGACAAUGCCCCUCGCUUUUCAGAACCCAUAAUUAAUGUAUAUCUGAAGGAGAAUAGUCCCGUUGGAGGGCUUAUUGCCAGCUUGACUGCGCAUGAUCCAGACAUGAAUGAAAAUGCUCAGAUGUCUUAUUCGUAUUUAGAAGGCAAUAAUGGAAUACCGUUGUCUACAAUUAUAAAUAUAAACUAUUUAACUGGUGAACUAUUCAGCCUACGGUCAUUCAACUACGAGGAGGUGAAGAAGUUCGAGAUCCAAGUUCAGGUCACAGACUCUGGUGUUCCUCCACUAAGCAGCAACGUCACUGUCAACGUUUUUAUCCUGGAUGAGAAUGACAACAGUCCUGUGAUUCUCCCGCCCUAUUCUGACCACGGCUCCGUUAAUUCUGAGAACAUUCCCUAUUCUGCUGAAGCGGGCUACUUUGUGGCCAAGAUCAGGGCUGUAGACGCAGACUCUGGUUAUAAUGCACUGCUUUCUUAUCACAUCUCUGAACCAAAGGGGACCAAUCUAUUCAAAAUUGGAUCCAGCAACGGAGAAAUAAGGACUAAGAGACGCAUGAGUGACAAUGACUUAAAAACUCACCCGUUAGUCAUUUUGGUGUCUGAUAAUGGAGAACCUUCCCUGUCUGCAACUGUGUCUAUUGAUGUUGUGGUCGUUGAAAGUACAGGUGACAUGCAGACAACUUUCAGACAACUUACUGUAAAGGAGGAGAGUUUCUCAGAUUUAAAUAUGUAUCUGCUCAUCGCCAUUGUGUCAGUUUCAGUGAUAUUUCUACUGAGCCUCAUCAGUUUAAUAGUUGUAAAAUGCCACAGGACAGACGGCAGUUUCAGCAGGUACAGCGCCCCAAUGAUCACCACACAUCCUGACGGGAGCUGGUCUUACUCCAAAUCUACUCAGCAGUAUGACGUGUGUUUUAGCUCUGACACGCUGAAGAGUGACGUAGUAGUCUUCCCCACGCCGUUUCCACCUGCUGAUGGUGAGCUGAUCAGUAUUAAUGGAGGAGACACUUUUCAAAGGACACGAACGCUUCCCAAUAGCGAGAAGGUAAGGACCCUUCAUUAUAAAAGCAUACUAUGUACAAUCUAUUUACCAAAAUUGUUUUUGAAUAGAGUUAGGCCUACCUUGUUUAACUUUUCUGCCUUCUGGAUAUGAAUCACUUUGUUGAAACAAUACUUUCAUAAUUUGGGGUUUAUAUGGUGUAAAUGUUAUGGUUAUUUGUAGGUCAAAGGGAGAACUCGUUUAAGAAGCACUUUUCUUUUGACUUCAGCACCACUGGGGUGGAAAGCAACAGGACUGUGUCACUGGUGGUUUUUAAAAACACACGUUUCACGUCACACCGUGUCGCUGCAGACCGUGAAUAUGAAGAUUGUUUCUCAGUCUGGUGCCACUCCCUCUAUGGCUUGUCAUGAGCUGGGAGGGCUUUGUACAAAUCCAGGAUACAUCGCACUAGGUUUGUGUUUUAUACAAGAGAGUAUUCUCACUGCGUUUUGGGCGUUUUGUGUCUUAUAUUUUGAUGGUAGAUAACACUAGUUUCAGAACCGAAUUAUCGAUGUUUGACAGUAACAACUGAACCGUGGAUAACGAUGGGCCUCUUUGUUCAUGCAUGUAUUUUGAUUUGGAUUCAGCUUUUUCUUUGUUUCUGGGAUUUAUCAUCCGGUCAGAUUGUCUAUUCUGUCUCAGAGGAGGUGAACAAGGGAACCGUUGUUGGGAAUAUAGCCAAGGACCUCAAUCUCAAUGUUCAGGAAUUGGAGUCUCGUAUGUUUCAGAUUGUAUCCGGAUCUAACAAGAAGUAUUUUGAUGUAAAUGUUAAGACUGGUGCUCUGUUUGUGAACGAGAGAAUCGACCGAGAAGACCUAUGUGUGACAAGCAAGAACUGUGCCUUAAAUUUAGAGGCCCUAGCACAAAACCCGCAUAGUCUUUAUCGGAUCGAGAUAGAGAUUUUGGAUACAAAUGACAACGCACCAUUUUUCUCAGUUAAUACACUUCCAAUGAAUAUUACAGAGAUUGCUAUUUUAGGAGACAAAUUCCUCUUACCCAUUGCCAAAGAUCCAGAUGUUGGUAGUAACUCGUUAAAUAGCUACAAUCUGAGUCCAAAUGAACACUUCUCUCUUGAUGUACAGAGCGGUGGAGAGCAGAGUGUGUCUGCGGAGUUAGUGCUAAAGAAAACUUUAGACCGAGAGAAACAGGCUGUGAUCCGGCUGACACUGACUGCAGUUGAUGGAGGAAAACCUCCUCGGUCAGGGACAUUACAGAUAGUGGUAAACGUUAUGGAUAUAAAUGACAAUAAUCCAAUCUUCAGCAAGCCUCUUUACAAAGUGAAAGUGAAUGAAAAUUCGCCGGUAGGAAAAAAAGUCACUUCUCUUCUUGCUUCGGAUUUAGAUGAAGGAGUAAAUGGUGAAGUAAUAUAUUCUCUAGUUGGACAUGGGGCUGAAAACGAAGCUCUAUUUUCUAUCGUUCCUGAGACAGGGGUGAUUGAGGUAAAGGGAGUGAUUGACCAUGAACAAAAUGCUGCGAUUGAGUUAAGAGUCCAAGCAAAAGACAAGGGUAUUCCACCUAGGAGUACACGUUGUAAAGUCUUAGUUGAAGUUAUUGAUGAGAAUGAUAACACUCCAGAAAUAUCAGUGACGUCCCUCAUUGACACUGUUCGCGAGGAUGUGAAAACAGGCACAGCUGUUGCCUUAGUCACAGUCACUGACAAAGAUGGGGGUAAGAAUGGAUUAGUUCAGUGUAACAUUGCAGGCUCCUGUCCUUUCAAGUUGCAGUCUUCAUAUAAGAAUUACUAUUCUGUAUUAGUCGAUGGGCCACUUGACAGAGAACUUGUUUCACUGUAUAAUGUAACCAUUGUUGCAACAGAUGAGGGAUCCCCACCUCUCUCCAGCACCAGUGUUAUUAGUGUGCACAUUUCUGAUGUGAAUGACAAUGCGCCUCGCAUUUCAGAGCCCAUAAUUGUGAAUUUAAAAGAAAACAGUCCAGUUGGAGGUCAUAUUGCCAGCUUGACUGCGAAUGAUUUAGACAUAAAUGAAAAUGCUCAGAUGUCUUAUUCAUUGUUAGAUGGCAAUGAUGGAAUACCCUUAUCCACAAUGGUAAAAAUGUACUCUUUAACUGGUGAGAUAUACAGCAUGCAGUCAUUUAACUAUGAAGAAGUGAAAAAGUUCCAGUUCCAAGUUCAGGCCACAGACUCUGGUGUUCCUCCACUAAGCAGCAACGUUACUGUCAACGUUUUUAUCCUGGAUGAGAAUGACAACAGUCCUGUGAUUCUCCCGCCCUAUUCUGACCACGGCUCCGUUAAUUCUGAGAACAUUCCCUAUUCUGCUGAAGCGGGCUACUUUGUGGCCAAGAUCAGGGCUGUAGACGCAGACUCUGGUUAUAAUGCGCUGCUUUCUUAUCACAUCUCUGAACCAAAGGGGACCAAUCUAUUCAGAAUUGGAACCAGCAACGGAGAAAUAAGGACUAAGAGACGCAUGAGUGACAAUGACCUAAAAACUCACCCGUUGGUCAUUCUGGUGUCUGAUAAUGGAGAACCUUCCCUGUCUGCGACUGUGUCUAUUGAUGUUGUGGUCGUUGAAAGUACAGGUGACAUGCAAAAAACGUUCAGACAACUGCCUGUUAAGGAUGAGAUUUUCUCAGAUUUAAAUCUGUAUCUGCUCGUCGCUAUUGUGUCAGUAUCAGUGAUAUUUCUACUGAGCCUCAUCAGUUUAAUAGUUGUAAAAUGCCACAGGACAGACGGCAGUUUCAGCAGGUACUGCGCCCCAAUGAUCACCACACAUCCUGACGGGAGCUGGUCUUACUCCAAAUCUACUCAGCAGUAUGACGUGUGUUUUAGCUCUGAUACAAUGAAGAAUGACGUAGUAGUUUUCCCCACGCCGUUUCCACCUGCUGAUGGUGAGCUGAUCAGUAUUAAUGGAGGAGACACUUUUCAAAGGACACAAACACUUCCCAACACAGAGAAGGUAAGGAUAACUUUUUAUUAGGAAUAUUUUUUUGUAAUGGUUUUGUGUAUUUAAUUUUUUUACUGACAUUAUUGUCUUGUGUGAAAUUAAGUCCCUUCUAACUUGACAAAUGUAAUGGGUACGGUAUAGUUUGGGUAAAAUUCAGCUCCAAAUUGAUGCAGCAUGUAGCUUUUCAAUUCAACACCAUGGACAGCGACAUGUGGCUACUUUGGUUAGUGUCAGUCUCAUUCUUGCUCACGUUUUCUAGAUAAAACUGCAGCAAAGUUGUGUCGUAUUCUCCUCUAACAGAUAAAGGUAUGAACCUGUCAGAACAUUGUAGUUUUUAGUUGUUUAAUGUAAAACUGAAAACUGUAAAGACAUUUAAAUGUAGGCCUAUGUGCACACCACUAAGGUAAGGUAAGCAAGAAGUUACAUUUUUGGAGGAAAGUGUUGUUCAUUGGAUACAUUUGUUUGUUUGUUUUGUAGGCAUUCCUUAUGUUAUAUCUAUAUAUAGGUUUUAUUAUUAGUUAGACUGUCUUGUACACAUUCAUAGAUAAAAGCUGAAUUACAGUAUACCGACAAAAAUGUGAAAAAAAUAAAAAGGAGAUUCAAGUUAGUUGAAAAAUAUAGAGAGUAAAGUGUAGUCUUGAUAGCUUCGGAUGGUGCCUGCUCUUGGUUAAGGCCUCUAUUUGUCUGGCAGCCGAGUUGGAUUGUACUAGCCUUGGAAGGGACAGGUUUAAUGAUGGUGGUGGUGGAGCUGGAGUUGGCUAGCCGGUCCUGACGUUGUUCUCAGUCCCCAGCCCUCUGUAGUCACUGAACGACUCCUCCACUAUCGAUGUGUAGCACCCAUUUGGGUGAUGCUUCUUCUGCUGCCGAUACUGGCGCUAAAAGCUCACCACACAUCAGUCCAGUGUAAAGUCACCCGCUGCCAUCUCUACACUGCAGUCCUGUCACUUUGGGUGGGGGUAACUAGAAGCCGGUGGUGCUGAAUGCAUAUUUUGAAUGCAAACAGUAGACCGCUAUAGCUAGUUAGCUAGCUAGUUUAGCAAAGCAAGCAAAUCGAUCUGCUACCAUGUAUGCAAUUCUGUUGAUACCAAUAUUUCGAUUAACGAAGAUACUACAUUUUUACUAAUUUUAAAGAAAAAACAACAGUAAAAGCACGUGGUGUUGCUGUAAACCGUGAUUAUAUUGUGUUGAUCGGGUUCCUCCUUCCUCCCCGAACUUCCACUGCUCAAGGUACAGUCAAGCGAGUUUGGUGAGACGAGAAUGACCUUGAGAUGUACUGUAUGUAGAAAGAACCGUGGUAUACUAAUCGAGAGAUUGUUCUUAACGAUACUUUGCAAUAUAAUGAAUCUAUCAUAAACAACUUAGGCCUACAGAAGAAUCAGGAGCGAUGGGAUAGCGAUGGGCCUUUCCGGCAUUGUGGAUAUUGUUGGAUUCUGGUUGUGCUGCUUCUUGGUUUCUGGGAUUUCUCUUCCAGUCAAAUAAUAUAUUUUGUCUCAGAGGAGGUGAACAAGGGAACCAUUGUUGGGAAUAAAGCCAAGGACCUCAAUUUCAAUGUUCAGGAACUGGAGUCUCGUAUGUUUCAGAUUGUAUCCGGAUCCAACAAGAAGUAUUUUGAUGUGAACCUGAACACUUUUGUUUUGUUUGUGAAUGAGAGAAUCGAUCGUGAAGAGUUGUGUGACACCAACGUGCAGUGUUCUUUGAAUGUACAGGUCCUUGCGCACAAUCCUCUGUAGCUCAGUUGGUAGAGCAUGGUGCUUGCAACGCCAGGGUUGUGUGUUUGAUUCCCACGGGGGAAUGACUAAAUGACUAAAAUGUAAAUAUUUUUCGGCCUGAAAUUGAGAUAUUGGACACAAAUGAUAAUGCACCUGGUUUCUUAGAAAAUUCCCUGACAUUAAAUGUUUCCGAAAACGGCGCUGCAAAAGAGUGAUUUCUUCUGCCAGUGGCUGAGGAUGCGAAUGUUGCAUUAAUUCGGGAAAACCUACAAGCUGAGUCCGAAUUAACAUUUCUCUCUGGAAGUACAGAGCGGUGGAGAGCAGAGUGUGUCUAACGCGUUGGUGCUACAGAAGCUUUAG